AUGGCAAAACAAAAUAACAAGCGACAAUUUCUUGUGCCUGAAUAUGCCUCCGAGUUAAGCAGUCUCAGUGAAUUUCUUGCAGAGUUUCGUGACAAUUCAAUAGUAGAAAUUGAUAAUACUUAUGGUUAACGCAAAUACAUGGUUGAGUUGCAAAAAAUAGCAAACAGAUAAACUAAUCGCAUUGAUAUCUAUGUGGAGGAUCUUGAAUAUUUCUUCAAUGAUAGAAUAGAUUUUGUUAAUAAAAUAAAGACAAAUACAUUGUCAUAUCAAAGAUUACUUUAUGAUGCUUGUGAUACCUUAAUGCCGCAAUAGUCUAGAGAUUUUGAUUAGAACUUUGAUUUGUUUGAUGAGGAAAUUAAUGUUCAAAGACAAUAGAAUAUGGAUUAAGAUGGAACCAAUAACCAAUAGAAGAGACUCCCUCCCGAACUCAUUCGCAGAUAUCAACUAUUUAUAAUUCGAGGACCACAAACAAAGUAGCAAGAUCUUUAAUUACAAUAAAAGCUAUGGUAGGUUAGAACAUCUGAAGUCAGACCCUAAAUAAUAGUUGCUUGUUUCUCAUGUGAUGCAUGUGGAUAUGAGAAUUAUUAGACAGUUCAUGGUAAGACCUUUACUCCAAUGCUCGAUUGUGCAAGUGAUAAAUGUAGAGAUAAUAAAGUGAGAGGGAGGUUGAUAUUCAAUCAUGGCAGUUCAAAAUUCAUAUCCAAUCAAGAAAUCAAGAUUUAAGAACUAAAAGAGCAAUUGCCUAAAGGAUCAAUCCCAAGAGCAUUUACAGUUAUGGCCAGAGGAGACAGCAACAUUAGAAUUUGCUCUCCAGGAGAUAUGGUUACUAUUUAAGGUGUCUUUUUACCAGUUGAAAAAGAGGGGUUCUUUGCCAAUAAAGCAUCAUUCUACAGUACUUACAUUGAAGCAUUCCAUAUUAAAAGAGAUAAAAAGAAAUUCAAAGAAAUUGAUAUUGAAAGUGUCAGUGGUCAUAAGAUCUUUGAAGAUAUCAAGAAAUAUCCAUUCAGUGAUUUGUAUAUGAAAUUAGCUAAGUCUAUUGCUCCUGAAAUCUUUGGAAUGGAGGAUGUUAAAAAAGCAUUGUUAUUAAUGAUUGUAGGAGGAGUAAGCAAAGAAAUGCAUGAUGGAUUAAAAAUUAGAGGAGAUAUUAAUGUAGCAUUAAUUGGAGAUCCAGGAGUGGCCAAAUCUUAAUUAUUAAGAUAUAUAUCCCAAGUUUCACCCAGAGGAGUAUAUACUACGGGUAAAGGGUCAUCUAGUGUCGGUCUCACAGCAGCUGUCAUUAGAGAUCCUAUCACUGGAGAAAUGGCUUUAGAAGGUGGUGCUUUAGUUAUGGCUGAUAGAGGAGUAUGUUGCAUUGACGAAUUUGAUAAAAUGAAUGAAAGUGAUAGAACUGCCAUUCAUGAAGUUAUGGAACAACAGACUGUCAGUAUUGCUAAGGCAGCAGCUGCCAAUCCUCUAUAUGGAAGAUACAAUAAAAAAUAGACCCCACAUCAAAACAUCAAUCUUCCUGCUGCCUUAUUAUCGAGAUUUGAUCUUAUUUUCAUAUUAUUAGAUGAAAUCAAUCAUGAGGCUGAUACUAAAUUAGCAUCUCAUAUUGGUAGAGUUCAUCAGAAUAAAUACAAGGAAAAUGAGACUCAAGAUUUAUAUUCAGUAGAAGAAAUCACCACAUUUGUUGCCCUGUCCAAAUAAUAUGAACCAAUUCUUACUGCUGAUAUACAUUAAUACAUAGCUGAUCAAUAUGUUGAAAGAAGAAAAUAAACAUUUGAUAAAACCCUUGAUGGAUAUUCCUACACUACUCCAAGAACUUUAUUGGCCAUCAUUAGAUUAUCAUAAUCUAUUGCUAAAUUAUAAUUGGCUGACAGAGUCACUCAAAGAGAUGUUGAAGAGGCUAUUAGAUUAAUGGACAUUUCCCAAGAGAGUGUUAGGAGAGCAUAAUAAAUAGAUGACACUGUCUAAAGAAAGGAUAAAACUGCUAAAUUAUAUGAACUGUUGUCAUCUUUAUGCAACAAAAAUAAAGGAACCAUAACUAAAGAUUCAUUUGUUAGAUAAGCUAUUAGCAAAGGAUCUUAAAUGUAAGAAAUCGAAGAGUUUUUAAAUACAUACUCAUCACUUAACCAAAUUCAAAUUCAUGGAGAUCAAAACGAUAGAAUUACUCUAGUAUCAUGAAAUUAUUGUAUUUUAUAUCAAUCUUUAUUUUAUUAUCUCAAAUUA